AUGGCAGAAACUACACCCCAUCGAAUAUUCUGCAUCCCGGAGCUGGUGGUGCAAAUCCUCUUGCAGAUGGACAUGCAGACCUUACUCGUCUCAACGCGAGUAUGCUACCUCUGGUACGACUUAAUCAACAAGUCACAAGCGCUGCAAGCCGCGCUCUUCCUCCAGCCGGCCGGAAAUAACCCCCAAGGCGAGCCACGCACCGCCAACCCGCUCAUCAUCGAGAAAAUCUGGCCCGAAUACCUCAGUCGAUGUUCGGGUCCCUCUCAUAAGAGAUAUUACGAACGCCCCGAGGCCAGUUGGAGAAGGAUGCUCCUCCAUCAGCCUCCAACGACGAAACUGUGCUUUCUGGACUACGCGAGAGACCGGGCCGGCCCCAUCACUCCCUUUGAGGCUGGGUAUUCGUGCAACUCACAGUGCCCGCGCGAUGGGUUUCCUCGCCUGCAAGACCUGCAGGAGGGGUUAGAGGCCUGCGUGCUGAGGACGUUUGACGAGCGGAUGAUCUUCGUCGAGGGGUCGCCCCUGUAUUCUCAGUAUCGUCCGUGGGGUAUAAUUCAGCCAGAACGUAGUAGCUUCGAUGCGACCGCAGCAGGUUCGUGCGAGAGGUGCGAUCUGGUGACCUUUCGGGAUGCUUCACCCGUGGUCGGGGAUGUCUCGGAGUGGGACGGACAACUGGUAGAAGCCACUGCAGGAUCACUUUUUUGGAUCGCCUUUCCUACGCUCUUCGUUGGCCUCGAGAACCGCCGACCGGAUUGGUCCCUAAGGAACUAUCAUCACUACGUCGGCUUGGAUGAGGUUCCGAUCUUUCCUUGUGCGGAGGGUUGGCGACGGUAUAAUGACACUAUUGAAAGAUGCCACAAGUUGGAGCAGAAUGGCUGA